GUCAUAUCCCGUCAUACACUGCACCGUUUGGGUCGCCUCCGCGGCUUUCCCUGUCUUCCCCCCAUUUCCUUUCCUACCCCACAAUUCCGCGCGCCGUCGGGCCCUCCCUCCCUCCGGCGCCCCUGGAGCAGCAAGAUGGCGGACACAAUGAACGGGAUCCGCCUUUUGGUAUCUUGAAUCGGGCACAACCGGACGACUCGUUCGCCCAUUGUCGGUCUCCCUGCUCCUUUCAGCGGCAGCGGACUCUGCUUCCCUGGUGCUUUCUUUCACCCUUGUUAAGGUUCGCCUCUCCCCUAGCGGCAGCAUGAAGCUGACGGACAACGUGCUGCGGAGCUUCCGCGUGGCCAAGGUAUUUCGCGAGAACUCGGACAAGAUCAACUGCUUCGACUUCAGUCCUAACGGCGAGACGCUCAUCUCCAGCAGCGACGAUGACUCCAUCGUGCUCUACGACUGCCAGGAGGGCAAACCAAAGAGAACAUUGUACAGUAAAAAGUAUGGAGUGGAUCUCAUCAGAUACACACAUGCUGCCAACACUGUAGUGUACAGUUCCAAUAAAAUAGAUGAUACGAUCAGAUACCUCUCCCUGCAUGACAAUAAAUAUAUCAGAUACUUCCCAGGACACAACAAAAGAGUUGUUGCUCUGUCCAUGUCUCCAGUAGAUGAUACCUUUAUUUCUGGGUCACUUGAUAAAACUAUAAGACUUUGGGAUCUUCGUUCUCCUAAUUGCCAGGGUUUGAUGCAUCCUCAGGGAAAGCCUGUGUGCUCAUUUGAUCCAGAGGGUCUGAUUUUUGCAGCUGGUGUCAAUUCUGAAAUGGUGAAACUUUAUGAUCUUCGCUCUUUUGACAAGGGUCCAUUUGCUACUUUUAAGAUGCAGUAUGAUCGAACUUGUGAAUGGACUGGUUUGAAGUUCAGCAAUGAUGGCAAGCUCUUUCUUAUAUCAACCAAUGGAGGGUUUAUCCGACUCAUUGAUGCCUUUAAAGGAGCUGUGCAGAAUACGUUUACGGGAUACAACAACAGUAAAGCUGUCACAUUAGAGGCUUCCUUCACCCCGGAUUCUCAGUUUGUAAUGAUUGGGUCUGAAGAUGGGAAGAUUCAUGUCUGGAAUACAGAGGGUGGAAUGAAGGUAGCAGUGCUGGAUGGAAAACAUACAGGUCCCAUUACCUGCUUACAGUUUAACCCCAAGUUUAUGACUUUUGCGAGUGCGUGUUCCAACAUGGCCUUUUGGUUACCAACAAUAGAUGACUAGUUCUGGAUUCAUCACUCCUUUUGGACAGUUUUUACAUCAUGUGGACAGUAGACAGCAAUAUGCUUGCAAAGAUCACUAUGAAAGUAUUGAUACUGCAUUACUUUGACUGAAUGCAUUUCUACAGAACAUCUCUGUAUUAUACUAUAGACCUGACUCUUUGUUGCUCUUCUUCAAAAGGAAUUUUUCAUCUGUGCACUCUGGCUCAAAAACAAGGGUUCAAAAUUUGCUAGCAUCUCAACUAUAGCAGAACUUAUUUGAGCUGAACUAAUUGGCGGUGGUACUAUAACAUAUUCCGAUUGAAUGUUGCCACAGUUGAAACCCUACUGAUACAUCAGCUGCAAACUCCUGGAACCCUUGGCUUGUUGAAUCUUUUAAUCCAUUAUGAGGUUCUGGGAGAAACUUCUUUGGCUGCCCUCAUGGAAAGGAGUCUGUGUCUGCAUCAAGGGAUUAGUGCUGAUGCUACCAUGAAUUUUGAGCUCCCAAGAGACUACAUAGAAUAGAGGCUCUGUUUCAUUUGCCCUUAAUAUCAUCUCAGAUGUACAGGACACCUGAAGUGUUUCAGUGGGCAAUUCUAAGCAAUAAAGGAGUCUUUCAAGUAAAAAAAAUCGCUCUGAAAUAGAUUCACUAGAAAUUUUGUCCUUGUAUCCUCCUUUCUGUAUAACCUUUUGCCGUUUUUGUAAAUAGGGGCUGGGGGGAUCAUAUUUUUUACUUUUAGUUAUUAAAAAGUUACCCUGGACCAAAUCAGUAUUGUGGAAUGAGUCUUGGCAGCUUUACCUGUCUUUCAAGCAGCUUUCUUCCUGUUUAACUGUUGCUGCAGGUUGAUUUCUUCUGUCAUGAAGUUGAAGUUAGCUUGGUUCUCCCCCCCCCCCCCAUCAAGAUUUGAAUGCAGAAUUUCUAGUUGAUGUUGCUUUCUUCCCUGGCUGCCUCUUAUAGAAGGAUAAAACUUAUAAUAAACAUUGUCUCCUUUCCAGGACAACCGGCAAUGUCAUUAAAUUUGCUUUUAAUACUGAUUAAUAACUUUGGGGCUAAUUAUACUGUUGCCAGUUUCACCAGAUUUAUUAAGACAUAGUGGGAACUACUGUACAAGCCAAGAACAGUUUUAACACUUUGUGAUGUAGCAGAGUUUAUUCCCCUUCAGGCCUCUGUGCUGAUUGAAUCCAAGUAUUUGCUGAAGGAGCCCAUGCCUCUUUGGCUAUACCCUGGCUCUCCACAUGUUCCUGUAGGCAGAAGCUAUGGAUAAAUGAAGUAUUUUUUCUGGUACUAUUUAUACAUUGUACUGCAUUGUCCAAACAGUUCUGUGCAUUAACCAGUAUAAGGAAUAUGUCUCUAAGGCUUGGUGAGAGAGGAGAUGGGGAAUCUCUUUGGACUAGUUGCUUUUCUGCUCUUGUAUUUCUGUGCUUAAUAUUAUAUAGAGUGGUUCAGCAGUUUUUUGCUUUGUAGAGAUUGUAUGCUGAGUGUUCCCUGAUCCUGCCAGGGAGGGAGCUCCAGUUUAGCAGCUUUGUCUCAAGUUGCCUAGCUCCUUCCCUCCAGCCUUCCGCUACACUAAUUCCAAGUCCAGAAGAAAGGACAAGAUGGUUGAAUGUAACAUCCGGACCUGGAGCAGGAUUGUUUUUAGCUGAGAUCCUCAGAGCAAUUCAUUUUAAUGUGUUGCCUUAAGCUGAAGUGGCAUUUUUUGCCUGUGGGCAGUUAGCACCUUAUCACUUUGGCUGUACCACCUUUUAACUUAUCAUGCGCAAAAAGCAAUUUCAAGUAGACUGCUAUUCAUCUGGAGUAAAACAAAUGAAAUAUGCUUAUCUUUUGCUGAGAUCUGACUUCCAAGUGAAAAAUGUCUUUAAGAAAGCAUUGCUUGAAAACGCAGGAGCACCUAAGGCUGACUAUGCAUCUUUUAAGUUAUACAUUGCCUCUAGUAUACUUUAGUAGGCCUUGCAUUUUCAGUCAAAAAAUAAAUUGCAGUAUUAGAUGUAAUGGAGCACUGCUAAUUUUGUAUAAAAUUUGUAGUUAAAGAAGAUCUGGAACAUGAGGCAGGGCCUCCAAUGCACAAAGCUAUUUGGACUUUGGAAACAUAAAAUAUCUUUCUUAUGGGCUUCAACAUUUCUUGAUGGUAGGGUGUACAGAUUAUAAAUACUCUACCAGCUCACUAGAUAAGCUGAUCCCAUGUUGAUCAAACAAUCCUAGGCAAAAAUGGUGAGCUGUAACUGUUCUUGCCUUUAAUGUAUAAAGGAAUAAAUAUUAGCAGCUUUCCAGGCUUUAGCUUGAAUGCGUUUGCUAUAUUAUUAUUAUAAUAUCAACUUGUAUUGAACUUUAUUAAUGUGCAGCCUUCUGCUCGUUUCUUACACCAAGAGCCGGUUUUACUUUUGAAAAGGCAUCCAAGACAUCUAAUCCUGGGGAGUGGGAGGAGAAUGCCCAAUUCUGGUUCCAAAAUGCACUUGAACACAGAUUUGUAAGAAAAACUAUAGGAAGUUUGCUUCUGCCAUUCGAAAAACUGACCACUAAACUAAUUUUACUAGUAAUGUCUUUGACAACUGAAAUUCUUUGGGUUUGUAAACUGAGACUGCAGCACCAUGCAGAUUACUUCGGAGUAAGCACAUGAACAGACUUCUGAGUAAACAUGUAAGACUUGGUUGCAAAUUUCAGUGGAUAACCUUGUCUAAAUAUAAAGGAUGUUAAGUUGUUGCAGCAGCAAUGUCAUAUGGAAAAAUAAGUAUUUUUGUGUUGUAAAUGAAAAUAAUUUGUAAAUAAGAUUAAAUUGUGUUUGUCUUGCACUGUUAGACUUCCUAUUACAGCGUACUCAGAUAUAAUGCAGGAAGGGGAGUAAGGUCAGCAGUCUCCAAGGUCUUAUGAAGCACUGGAAACCCUUAAAAUAUAUUUCAUUCUACUUAUUAAGUUAUAUGGACUCUGCAGUACCAGGAUGGGAGAGCUCAGCAAGUUACUGAAUUGUUUAUCAGUAGUGAUGAGUACAAACCAGGAAAAUGGAGGUUCGUUCUGGUUCAUGGGGUGUCACCAACUGCAAACCUUCCUGCUUACACGAACCAGUUCAUUUUGUGAGAUUGGUGAUGGGGUAAAACAGCCCCCGCAGGCUAGAGGCACCAAAUUCACAGCCAGUCUACAACUGCCUCUCCUCUACCUGCCCUCCCCAGUUUGGUGAGGAUUGGAUUUAGGAACAGCAAGUUACAGCCUGCCCUCCCCCUACAAGCUGAUGCCCUCAGGAAAGUGCUCUCUGGGGAAAUCACAGCCACAGGUUCAGGAGUGUGUUGUAUGGAACUCCUGCAAGCUGGAGGCACCUCAGAGCUCUGAGUCCACCAAAUGCUGCCACAGUCAGGGGCAGGUGUUCAAAAAUCCCACUGAGGGGGAGUGUGGGUCCUCAGCCAAGGAACCCAGUAGCUAAGCCCCUCUGUUUGGUUUGAACAGGACAGGUGCCUCAGAGCCUUGAGUAAGCACCAAACACUCCCAAUCCCACUGUUUUUACACUUGAGGAAUGACUUCCAGUUCCCUUUCCUUUCUGCCUGCUGCAAAGUGACAGAUGUGUGUGAGCUUGGGUACAACCAGUGCCUGUCAAGUUUUGGAGGAUAACUUGGUAUUUCUAGGUCUGCUGAAGUCCAUCCCACCCUGUUGCUUUGAUAAUUGAUUGGCUCCAGCAUGUCUGCCAUAUGAACUGCAAAAAAAACCCCAUAAAAAUCAUGGAGGUUUGUUGCAGCACGAUGGCACAACCCUUGACUGACAAACUGGCAAUUUUCAUGACAAAUUUAGGUUUGUGACAAGGUCUGUGCCUAUCUCUACUUAUCAGUAGGUCGAGGGGAAAGACGACUAUAUCGGAAGCUGUGAUCAGGCUUAAAAUACAGCUUAUUUUCAGAUUACAGCAAAUGUUCUUAUGACCUAUUAAUUUCCUACAGUCAAUAAAUAACAUAGUACUUAGAAAUUUAAACUUACCUAACCUUGUUGAAAUCAAUGGGGUAUUAAAGUAUUUAACUUUGUCUUAGCUGUUCCUUUUUAUGCUUAGCAAUUUUUUCAAAUGUGUGUGUAUAACUUGCUUUUAUAUAAAAUUGAAAUCUCUUAACCAUGCAGUGGAGUAAAA